GAGGGGCUUCCUCUUCGAACCCAAAGGCGCCGUGUGUCCAAAUCAGCUGUGUGCGCUUGCGCAGUAUGUGGAGCAGUGAGCCCGAACUAGCGGGAUCUGUAACCAUGGAAACCAUAAGUCCUUAUUGUAGAUAUCAGCUGCUAAACUGAAUGUUUUACUGGUCCGUCACAGCAGAGAAGAGAGAGAAUUUGUAAGGAAACAGCUGAGUUUUUCUUAAAGAUUAAUAGUUAGAAAAUAUUCAUUUCUCAUUUGGAAUAUGUCAGAUACAGUUGUAAGAUAUUUACAGGAAUCAUCUAUUUUAAUCCUCGGAACAAUCCUAUGAGGACUCAUGUUCAACACGGGGAUUGGGCAGCACAUUUUGAAAAAUCCUCUCAUUGUUAACAGCAUUAUUGAAAAGGCUGCCUUAAGACCAACUGAUGUGGUGCUGGAAGUUGGACCUGGAACUGGCAACAUGACUGUAAAGUUGUUAGAAAAGGCAAAAAAGGUGGUUGCCUGUGAACUUGACCCAAGGCUAGUAGCAGAACUACACAAAAGAGUUCAGGGCACGCCUCUGGCCAGCAAACUUCAAGUAAUGGUGGGUGAUGUGUUGAAAACAGAGUUGCCAUUCUUUGAUGCUUGUGUGGCAAAUUUGCCUUAUCAGAUCUCUUCUCCUUUUGUCUUCAAGUUGUUGCUGCACCGACCUUUUUUCAGAUGUGCUAUCCUUAUGUUUCAAAGAGAAUUUGCUCUCCGACUGGUUGCAAAACCUGGAGAUAAGUUAUACUGCAGACUCUCAAUUAACACACAGUUAUUAGCACGUGUGGACCAUCUGAUGAAAGUUGGAAAGAAUAACUUUAGGCCACCACCCAAGGUGGAAUCCAGUGUUGUAAGGAUAGAACCUAAGAAUCCACCACCACCCAUCAAUUUUCAGGAAUGGGAUGGCCUCGUAAGAAUCACCUUUGUUAGGAAAAACAAGACUCUUUCUGCUGCAUUUAAAUCAAGUGCAGUGCAACAGCUGUUGGAAAAAAACUACAGAAUUCAUUGUUCGGUCCAUAAUACUAUAGUACCAGAAGAUUUCAGCAUAGCAGAUAAAAUACAGCAAAUCCUAACCAGCACAGGUUUUAGUGACAAACGGGCCCGUUCCAUGGACAUAGAUGACUUCAUCAGAUUGCUACAUGGAUUUAAUGCAGAAGGUAUUCAUUUUUCCUAGGUAUUUGGAAAACAGAAUUUUCAAGGUCAAGAAAAGAAAUGAAUUAUAUAUUUUCAUCAUUUGAGAAGAUGAACUUUGCUUUUGCUCUACUGGGACGUUAUUUAUUUGCUUGACUAUUUUUGGCUUAAAACUACUGUUGUCACCAAUUAUUCUAAAUUUUUAAGGUGGUCAGUUCUAAGGGCCUAAGUUUUUUGGGUUUGGAUUUGUUUUUAUAAUAUAUAACAUAGGGUAGGGUCCAAUCUAUUCAUCAUAAUCUUCAAGUUCAAGAGCCGCAGAUACGCACAACUUUAUACUUAAAUUUAUCAUUUCUAACAGUUCAUCAUAUAAAGAUGUUACUUUUCUAUUUACUGUGUUAUAUACGUGAGGCCCUCCUUAGGCCUUUAGCUCUGUCCCUCAAGUAGUAAAAAAGUUAAAAUAUGCUUCUCUAGUCACAUAUUUCCCAUACCAUUUGUUACUCACAUGUACAGUAAAACAAUUGUCUCUUAAA